UGAAAGAGGACCAGGAUGUGUGAUGCGGGGCUGAUGUCAGAAAUUAAGGGGAGCAAAGGGCUUUAGGGGUUAAAUGCGAUGCUGCCUUCCUGGCACGGGGUUAGAGCAGAGAACAAGGGUGUUAACGCGGAGAACAAGGCUCAGGAACCAGGCCAAGGGCUGGGAAGUCCUUGGGCCCAUCCCUGUAUGAUAACCAGCGCUGCUUUGGAACAAAAAAUAGAAAUUAAAAAAAAAAAAAAAAAAAAUCACAAAGAACUGUCUGUUCGUGCACACACGGGCUCAACAGGUUUCCCUCCCAGGCGGGGUCUGGGUAGCGAGCUCCGGUAUUUGGGGUGGGGAGAGCUGAGGGUGGCCAAGAGCCUGGCUUUCCAAGAGCCUGGCUCUCAAAGCAUGCUGUUUACGCAACAAAAAAUACGCAAUGUGUUCUCGAAAAUAUUACCCCCGGCUCUUUUUCUGCUCCCUUUAUCGUGGGGUGAUGGCAGCUUUUGGUGCUGGCUGGUGCAGGGGGUACAGGCGGCUCCUGGUGAAGGGCUUUUGCGAUAAAAAUAUGGGGGAAGAGAGGAUGGCCUCGUAGAUCCCGCCGAGCUCCUGCCCGCUCUGCCUGGACCAAGAGGACGGACCGAGCGAGAGGUUUCGGAGGAAGAAAAAAGUCGCCCUGCUUCCGCGGCCGGUGUUUGCGCGCGCAUUAAGCUUGCGACAUCCCCUUUGCCCCGGGCCGGGAUGGUUGAAUCGAAGGUGUUGGAGGUUCCCCAAGUGACCAGCGGCAGCCGCGAUGAGAGCUCCGGCCCUCGCCUGAUGCCUCUCCUGCUGAUAAAAAUGAUCAACAAGUCUCGAGGGAAGAUACUCGGGGUGCUGGCGCUGUUUCUGGUGAUGGUUUGGUACUCGAUCUACCGGGAAGACAGGUACAUACAGCUCUUUUAUUUCCCCGUGCAAGAAAACAAGACGACGUGUCCCCUUGGUGAGGUGGAAAAGAAAGCGGCGCAGCUCAUCGGGAACUACACGAGGGACCACCCGCUCUUCUUGCAGCUGAAGGACUAUUUUUGGGUGAAAACACCGUCGCUCUACGAGCUGCCCUACGGCACGAAGGGAAGCGAAGACGUCCUCCUGCGCUUGCUGUCGAUCACCCACUACUCGCUGCCUGAGAGCAUCCAGAGCCUGAAGUGCCGGAGGUGCGCGGUGGUGGGCAACGGCCACCGGCUCCGCAACAGCUCCAUGGGGGAGACCAUCGACACGUACGACGUCGUGAUCAGGUUGAACAACGCCCCGGUCCACGGUUAUGAGCAGGACGUGGGCUCCAAGACCACCAUGCGCCUCUUCUACCCGGAGUCGGCCCACUUUAACCCCAGGACCGAGAACAACCCCGACACGUUGCUGGUGCUGGUGCCCUUCAAGCCCAUGGACUUCCAGUGGAUGGAGGCCAUCCUCAACGACAAGAAGAGGGUUCGGAAAGGGUUUUGGAAACAGCCCCCGUUGAUCUGGGAUGCCAACCCCGAGCGAGUGCGCAUCCUCAACCCUUAUUACAUGGAAGUAACUGCUGCUAAACUGCUCAACCUCCCCAUGAAGCAACCACGGAAGGUCAAACAGAAACCCACCACGGGGUUGUUGGCCAUCACCUUGGCGCUGCACUUCUGCGACCUGGUGCACAUCGCGGGCUUUGGCUACCCCGAUUCGGCCAACAAGAAGCAGACCAUUCACUACUACGAGCAGAUCACGCUCAAGUCCAUGGCGGCGUCGGAGCACAAUGUCUCUCACGAGGCGGUGGCCAUCAAGCGGAUGCUGGAGCUGGGUCUCGUCAAGAACCUCACCUACUUCUGAGGACACCGGGGCUGCGCAGAGACAGCGUGUGUGUGUGUGUCCCCCCCCUCCCCACUCCUUGCUGUGGAGUUUUGGGGGGGGGCCGGGGGUCUCACAGAGCCGGGCGAGGACAGAGCACCACCCCCACCUCGCCCUGGGACUCUUGGAGCGAGCAGGGUCGGGGCUGGGGGCGGCCGCGCUGGACCGCGGGGUCCCCGGGGUUGGGGGGGGGGGGUGGCUCUUGGGGGGGGGGGGGGGGCGCAGGGAGCCCCCGGGGCAGCUGCUGCCUUUUCCUACCGACGCACUGAAGCUACCGAGGACCUGGUGGGGGGAUUUUUGGGGUGGGGUCUUCCCUCCCAGCAGGCCUGGGGGGGCUGGGGGGGGGGGGAGGGCAGGAGCCCUUGCCCUGGGCUUUAUCUUUCCCUUUAAUUCCCUCAUAUUUGGACGAGGGCCCCAUGGAAGGGCUGAUUUUUGGGAGGUUCCAGGACACCCCCUCUCCAGGGAGCAGAAGCCUCCUCCCUGCCCUGGUUCCCCUCCCCCAAAUAUUUAAUUCUGCCCCCCUCCCUCUUUUUUUAAAUUAAUUUUCUUUUUACUUGGUGGCCCCGUCCUGUGCCUUAGCGCUGGUGUGGGGGCUUGUCCCUGCAGCGCCCCCCCCCCCCCCUUCCCCUGGGGGUGCCCAACCUCGGGGUCUGCUGGGGCGCUUUAAUUUAAUUAAUUUAAAUGCUUAUUUAUCAUGGAGCCUCCCCCAGGUG